AUGCGCCUGAGCCUGCUAGCGUGCGCACAUGACAGAGCAGCCGGCCUUAUAUCAGGUCAUCAUCCCGCCUUCCCUCCCCUCUCCCUCGUCUUCAACAAUGACUCGCUGUCUCAGUCCACCGUCCUCAACAUGGCCCUCACCUGCUCGUACUGGCACGAGAUCGCCAUGGAGGUCCUAUGGCGCGAGCUGCCCUCCCUCGUCCCCCUCUUCAUGCUCAUGCCCGAGGACGCGUGGUGCGCGCCCCGCGGCGAGCGGACCCCGCUCGAGCCCAUCCGAUUCGGCCUGCGCAGAACAGUCACGAGCCACGACUGGCAUCGAGUCCAUCGCUAUGCCCGCCACGUCCGCUCGCUGCGCAUCCAGCCGCAGACAUAUCGCAAGUCCAUCGCGAAGGCGCUGCGAACGUCCGAAUCGGACGGACCCCUCUUCCCCGGCCUCCGCCACCUGUCCUUCGCGUCGCAAUGGGACUGGGACAAGUGCGACCACCUCGCCAUCCUCCGCAUGCUCCUCAGCCCCAGCCUCGACCACCUCGCCAUCGACAUCCCCAAUAGCUACCUCGAGCAACUAAGCUGCCUGGCCCCCAUCUGCUCCGCCCUCACCACCUUCUCCUUCACCGACCAGGGCCACGCCGACGCGCGCCCCUCCCCCGCCGACCUCACCGCCUGCGUUCGCGCGUGGCCCGCGCUCACGAGCAUCAGCCUCAACGGCAGCGCGGGCAUGUCCCAGCUCAUGCCUGCGCUCGCGCUCUGCGAUUCCGCCGGCGGCCCCGACGCUGUCUUCGCGCCCUGCUCACCCUCCGGCGCGUACCCGCGCGCGAGCUUUGCCGCGCUCCGCGACCUCACCAUCGGCGGGCAGAGCGCGGCUUACGUCGUCGGGCUCAUGAAGAGCUGGGGCGUGCGCCCGAUCGAGCGCCUCAGCGUGUUCGGCCUUGAGCUCCCCGCGGACGCGGCGCGCGCGCUGAUUGCGGAUAUCCCGACGCACUGCGAGCCCGCCGCGCUGAGCAAGCUGAUGAUCAGCGCAACCUCGCCGGGGUGGAGUAUGCGUGCGGAGGACGUCGCGCCGCUGGCGGAGUGCACGGGCUUGACGAGCUUGGUGUUGAACGUGUCCGACGGGGCGGACAUUGCGGACGUGGAGUACGAGACGCUGGCAAGGAGCUGGCCGCUUCUGCAGCGUGUCGAGUUCCCGGGGUCGUACGACCGUGCAGUCGCUCCGCGGUGUACGAUGGCAGCUCUCGGCGCCUUCGCGGGCGCCUGCACGCACCUCGAGAGCAUCGUCCUCUCCUUCGACGCCAACAUGGACGUCGUACCCUCCCCUUCCCUCUCCAACUCCACCGUCACCCACCUCAACGUCGUCGACUCGCCCAUCGACGAGUCCUGCGCGCCGCGCGUAGCCGAGCGCCUCGCGACUCUGUUCCCGAGCCUAACAUGGAUCGAGGACGACUACGAUGACGGGCGGUACGAGGAGAGCCAGGCUGGGUGGGUCGUGGCGGAUGCGGCCAUGCGUGCGCGCGCACGAGCGCAGCGGGCGAAGGUGUGGGCCGCGGAGCGCUCGGCGGUCAAGGCGAAGCUGGCGGCGGCAGCAGCAGCGUCUGCACAGCGAACUCCUCCGUCAAGUUCGACUUCGCUAUCGAGAACAACAUCCUCGAGUAGUGUAGGGACGUCUUACUUCGACGCCCUCCGCGAGCAGUGCAUCAUCGCAUGAGGUGCCCGGCACGUCGUGAAUAUGUGAAUAUCAGCCCCUUUCGACGACGACGCUGUACAUGCGGCUCGACCACUCCCCCCUCUGUGUGCAUACAACUCGGCGCUAUGUACAUACAGCCCACCCUACCUCCCGGCCCUAUUCGACCACCCGGCCACCCAUGUUCUUCACCCCAUGCUUUACCCCUGCUCUGUGCUCUCCCUGCUUUUACUUACGACCUUCGGCCCUCGAUGCGAACCAGGUGCGUCGCGGGCUAUAAUGACCCCAACCGCUGGAUUCCACAGCGAGGCUUGUCGUGCUUUACCGACACCUGUACAAUAGCCCUGGACACGACGCGCGGAGACGUGUACAUACUGGUGGAGAUACAUACAUAGUAAGCAACGUGUAUUUGUAGUGUAGAUACCCUUGGUUGAGAAGAAUACGAUGACAUUCAUUUAGUGAA